CUAGCCCUCGAAGCAAACGCUGUGGCUCAAGAAGCGGGCCUAGCUGCAAUCAUCGAAUACGUCAGCAAUGCACCUAACGCUUCCAGCACUCGUGAAACAGUGAUUACAGCUCUUGUAGAAAAGUGUCUCGGUGCCACCAAAGCAGGUACCAAACAAAAAGCAACAGACAUCAUUUUACUUUAUGCAGAAAUCGACACACCCGAACCUGUUCUUGAAUUCGUCAUACCCGGAACAAAUGCAAAACAGCCUAAACUCGUCACUCAAACAGUCACCGUCCUCAAAGAACUGGUUCGACAAUUUGGUAUUAAGAAAGUAAACCCAAAACCCAUCUUGAAGAUCAUACCUAAAUUAUUUGGACAUGCCGAUAAAAAUGUACGUGCCGAAGUAUCUGCAUUAACCAUCGAAUUAUAUCGCUGGAUCGGUCAACCCAUGAUGCCCAGUCUCUCCACUUUAAAACCUGUUCAAAUCAAAGAGUUAGAGGAAGCCUUUACCAAAUUACCUGCUGGAAAACCAACUCCAGAACGUCUCAUCAGGUCAGAACAAGCAAUCGAAGAAGAGGAAGCGGUAGUAGAGGACAUUGGAGAGGAAGAACAGGGCCAAGAGGAUAUGGAUGUGGAAGAGACUGACGCCUUUGAUUUCGCUGACCCCGUAGAUAUCACCGCUAAAUUACCUGGAAAUUUUUACGAGUUACUUGUCUCUAAAAAAUGGCAAGAAAGAAGAGAAGCAUUGGAUGCCUUAUUGGAAAAAGCAAAGACACCUAAAAUUAUGGAUAAAGAUUAUACAGAGCUAAUAGGUGCCCUUGUGAAGCGUCUUGGUGAUGCCAACAUGCUUCUCGUCGGUGUCACGGCAAAUUGUAUCGAGACCAUCGCGACUGGUCUAAGAAUGGAUUUCGGUAAAUACAAACCAUUACUUGCACCAGUCAUGAUCGAGAAAUUGAAAGAGAGAAAGCCUGCCAUUCUGGAACAACUGGCAAAUGGAUUAAACGCUGUAUUCGCCUCUGUACCCAUGUCAGAACUAGUAGAAGAUAUCACUACCGCUUCCAAACACAAAAAUCCACAAGUAAGAGCAGAGACUUUCAAAUUAUUAUCACGACAGUUGAAACAAGUGAGAGAGAUACCUGGGAAAGGAGAGAUUAAGACAUUUGCUGAAAUGUUCAAGAAAUUAUUGGACGAUGCGGAUGCGAAUGCGCGUGAAGCCGGUGCAGAAGGUUUAGGUACGUUGAUGAAGUUAAUUGGCGAAAAACCCAUGUUAGCAUUUACGGAUGGUUUGGAUGAUAUCAAAAUGGGUAAGAUCAAGGAAGCGUUCGAAAAGGCCACCGUGAAGGCCAAGGUCAAAAAAGCCGCUCCUCCACCACCACCGCCUGUUAAGAAAGCACCUGUCAAAAAAGCCGCACCUAAACCUGCUGCUCCUAAACCAACACCCAUGGCUGUUGAUGAGCCUGACGAUUCUUUUGCUCCACUCAGUCCACCCAAACGAAAACCACCAGCUCGUUUAGCUGGUGCCAGCAGUGUGAAGAAACCCGCACUUUCAUCCGCCAAACCUAAACCGGCAGCAGCACCCGCAUCAAGUGGAGGCCCUAAAAAGAGUGCGAAGUUACCUCCUCCUAGCGGCCCUGAAGAAAUCAAAUAUAAGUUUGCACAGGAAGAUGCUGAGGCACGUGCCACCGAGUUUAUCCCAGCUGCGAUUCAUGCCGAUCUUCAACAAGCGCAGUGGAAAGUGCGUUUGGCCGCCAUGGAGCUCCUUUGUACACAUUUUGAGCAAGAGGAUGGAGCUACGAUCGAACCAGAAAUUGUGAUUCGAGCAUUCAGUAAGAAACCUGGAUGGAAAGAAAUGAAUUUCCAAGUGAUGGGUAAAAUGUUUAACGCCAUUCAAACCUUAUCUGUCGAGUGCCCCAAAUUCAACAAGGCAUGUGCAGCACUUUGUAUCCCCGUCAUGGUUGAAAAAUUAGGUGAUAUCAAGCUCAAGAAGCCUGCAGGUGAAUGUCUGGUAGCCAUCGCUGAAAAAAUUUCGCUUCAGUUUGUCUUAUCUCAAGCUUAUCCCGUAUUGAAAAAGGCCAAAUCCCCUAAAGUAUUGGCAGAUUCUCUCCAGUGGAUUCAUAGUUGUUUAAUGGAUUUUGGUAUUUCGGGUCUACAAAUUCGUGACUUGAUCGACCUCUUAAAAUUUGGUUUGACAAACACAAAUGCUUCAGUCAGAACAAGUGCAGUAACCGUCUUGGGUGCACUUCGACAAUAUAUCGGACCUGAGGUAAAAUCAUUCGUUGAGGAUGUCAGUCCAGCAUUGUUAGCCACCAUCGAAUCCGAGUUUGAAAAAGUUUCCAAGAUGGAUCCUCCUCAACCUACUAAAGGUGAUAUCGAUAUGUCUGGUGGUGCUGCUGAUGAAGGAGGCGCGAGUGCCAGUGCUGAUGCGAUGGAAUCUCUUUUCCCUCGUGUCGAUAUUUCUGGUCCCUUGACUAAAACCGUGACUGAAUGUGGAGAUGCUAAUUGGAAGAUUCGUAAACAAGGUCUUGAUGCUGUUCUUUCCAUCAUUGCAGGUGCAAACAACCGUAUCAAACCUUCAUUAGGUGCAGAUUUCCCUGGUGUGCUGAAACAACGUCUAAAUGACAGUAACAAGAAUCUUCAGAUUAAUGCGGUUGAGAUUACAGGAUUAUUAGCAGUAGCUAUGGGAAAGCCCUUUGAGAAAUAUGUGAAACCUUUUACAGGACCGGUCAUGGCUGUCUUGUCGGAUAAUAAGGCCAAUGUAAGAGCCGCAGGUAUCACCACCUUGGAAAGUAUUCGAAAGACAUGUACGAUGGAAAUGAUGGUGCCCGCUUGUGGUACUGUGCUUGCAAAUGAAUCUCCCGCUUUGCGUAAAGAAUUAUUAACCUGGUUCGCUACUGCCAUUAAGGAUGAACCAGAUGCUGCCAAAUAUGAUUAUUCGGGUAUGGUGUUGCCUGUGUUCUCAUGCCUUCAAGAUCGUAAUGCCGAUGUACGUAAAGCAGCUCAAGCAAGUUUACCAGAACUCAUUGCGGUAGCAGGGUAUGAUGCAGUGUUCAGUCGAACAUCUGAACUCAAGGCUGCCCAACGUCAAACUGUUAUGCCAUUUGUCGAGGCGGCCAGAGGAUCACCCGCGGCUGCUUCUGUUACACCUGCGCAAAGAAAACCAGAGGCGAAACAAGCACGUCCCGAGGCUGAAGAGAAACCUGCGAGUCGCAUGAAGGCUCCUUUAAGAAAGAAAAUUGGCGUUGCUUCUCCUCGAUCACCCGCUCCUGCUGCUGCUGUAGAAGAAGCAAGUGCUCCUAUCUUGACGAGCGAUCCUCGUGCUAAAUUAAUGCGUGCUAAAAAAGAAAACAGAUGGCAAUUCGAUACACCUCGUUCGGAUGAACGAGCUAAACAAGAAGCUGAUGAAAUGGAGAUAGAUGAAUUACCCUCUGUAAGUAACUUGCCUCGUAUGGGUGGUAAAUCACAAAUUGGAAAGCCUCCUCGUACAAGUAUGGUAGCUCCUCAACGUUCUAUUCGUAAUGUACAAAGUAUACCCGAACCUGAACCUAUGGAAGAUGUGAUGGAUGACUAUGGCAACAAAGAACCCGUCUAUCGUCAUCAAGAAUUAAGACAGCAACAGCAACAACAACAACAACAACAGCAGCAACAAUUUGCUAGUCAGGAGGAUAUUGUGGAUUAUCUCAUUGCACAAAUUACAAGCGGCGAUCCUCAACCUAGUAUUGAUGCUCUUAAAAAUCUGGAUAAAUACUUGUCACAAAGCCCUCAGCUUGUUUUGCCCGAUAUUGAACGAUUGAUCAAUGCCAUUGCACUUCAAGUGAAAUUGGCUUAUUCGAAUAUCGAUCCACGCCAACCUUCUACAACAAGGCUAUGUAAACAUCUGGUCAAUGCGCUUGUCCUAUUGUUCUCAAACAAGGAAUUAGCAUGUGCUGUGCCUCAGGACGCAUUGCACCAUCUAUUGCAAGAACUUGCUCAUCGUUUAUUAGAUCAAACCAUGCUUUCUUUAGAAUCUGGACCUCAAUUAUCCAAAGCAUUGAACGUUGCCAUGGUGAAAGUAUUAGAAAACAGUGCACGAAAUGUCACAUUCAGCGCGCUUUUAUCCAUAUUAGGCACUUGUUCAGCUGUGUUACGUCCCGGCGAUCUUGCUACCGCUAAAAAUACCAAAUACACCGAGCUCAUUAUGAAAUGUCUUUGGAAGUUGGCUAAAUCAAUCCAGGAGAAUUUGCGCACCCAAGUUUUAAAUGCAGAUGAACUGUUGUACGAUAUUAAUCGAUUUUUUAUAACGACACGACCUUUAGAAUGGAAGCGAAGAGCGACGGAAAAAGUUCCGUUGGGUGAGAUGCCGCUUCGUACAGUGAAAACUUUGUUAUUGGAACUGGUUAAUGGAUUAGGCGAUAACAUCUUUCAACAUUUGACAUUGAUCGAUGAUCCACAAAGAAGUAGCGUCUAUCCUUAUCUCCAUCAUAUGUUGGAAGCCUGCCGAAAAAAAGAUAAACAACAGCAGCAACAACAACAACAGCAGCAGCAGCAGCAGCAACAGUUAAAUCAACCCAUGUCGUCACAACCCAUGCAACAAUCCAUGGAAGAAGGAAAUCGUUAUUUAUCGCAUUCACGUAACUCAUCGCUGGGUAGACCUGCCUCUGCAAGCUCGAUGAAGGCUCACAAUACCAUGAUGAGAACGCCUUCUAUGGCAUCAUACCCAUCCACUGACGGAGAACAACAACAACACCAUGCCAUGGAAAAUAUGUCGGCUAAUCAAAGCCCACAAUUUAGCGCACCCUCUCUCAACAAUAGCCAUGUCCAACCUAUGCAGAUUGAUGAACCUCAAGAUAAUAUGGGCAGUCCUGCUGUAUUAAGUGAUUUCCAACUGAAUAAUAUAUUGACCAAGAUUUUUCAAAAGAUUGGCACACGCGAUCAAACUAAGAUGGGCAUUAUUGAACUUCAUCAAUUCCAAAAAAGUUAUCCCCUUGCACAAACCAAAGUCAACACGUAUCUUAGCCAGACAGGAAAUUACUUUCAAAGUUAUAUCCGACGAGGAUUAAGUAAUUUAGCAGCUGAGGAUAGUGAAUUAGCAGCAGUUGAAGCAGCAGCGGCAGCAGCAUCAGCGGCGGCAUCGGUAGCGGCGUCUACGAUGGUUACACCACCACCGAAUGUCGACUAUCAAUCUUUUCCAUCUUCCCCCAUUCAUACAACACCUCUACCAGAACAAUAUAGUAGUCAUGGUGAAAGAAGCUCGUUUGAAUCUCCUCAGCAACAUUCUAGACCUGACCCUAGAUCGAGUCUACACGCAGGAGGUAAUAUAAAUCAACCCUUUUUGUGA